AUGGUCUUUCAACCUCCCUCGUGGGUCCCUGACAUCACAACCCAGAUUCCUCCCAAUGCAAAUGUUGCGGAGUGGGCGCUUGAGAGCCGACGUGCCUCUGGUAGUGUUCGUGCACCUUUCAUCUGCGCCUUGACGGGUAAGAAGUAUACCCUCAAGGAGGUGAGAGAGAAGGUCAAUGCUUUGGCAAAAGCCUUGUGUAGUGAACUUGGGUGGUCACCGAAUCAGAGCACUGCUGAAGAAAAGGUCAUUGGCGUGUUGGCCGUCAAUUCGCUUGACUUUCUCGUUGUUUGCUGGGCCAUUCAUCGCAUUGGUGGUAUCUGUCUACUUAUCCAGCCAACGACUUCACCCAUUGAGAUUUCCUCGCACAUGACCAAAGCCAAUUGCGACAUCCUAAUCACAUGCGAAGAGCUACUACCCUCUUGUAAAGAAAUCUUGAACCGCCUUCCCAAAGUGCCCCGACGUAUCUUCUCCAUCAAUACCAGCAACACACAAUUGCCCAACUUCGAAGGAGAGAUCAAGUGCCUACCCCAGCUUUACCAGGAGGGCAGUGAACUUCCCGAGCUGGAGCAGCUCCAACCCAAGGAUGCUCACAGCACGGUUGCGUUCUACCUUACUACGAGUGGAACUUCAGGACCCCAGAAACUCGCCAUAAUUACGCAUGCCAACCUUAUUGCCAAUGUCACUCAAGCAGCCGUGUUUGAGAGCUCUGCUGGGUACAAACACCCUGAGAUCGGCCUUGCUGUACUGCCGCUCAACCAUGGUUACGGUCUUGUCACUACACAUGCUAUAUUUGUGAGAGGUGAUUCGGCUGUUCUCCACCCCAACUUUAACAUGCAAUUGGUGCUCAAGUCAAUUCAAGAGCACCGCAUUUCGCGUCUGUACCUGAAGGUUCCUCCUGUCAUUGCCGCACUUGCCGCAAACCCAGUCCUCUUUGAGAUCUUUGAUCUCUCUUCCGUUCAAGAUGUCGUUCUUGGCGCUGCUGCAUGCAGUGACAGUGUGACCAAGAAGAUGAAGGCCUUGAUGCCUAGUUGGAGUCUCCUAGUUGGAUAUGGCCUGACUGAAUGUGUCUCCAUUGUGACCUUUAGUCGCGCGGCUGAUAUCAUGCCUGGUUCGAGCGGUUGUCUAUUCCCAUCCAACCAAGGUCGUCUCAUCGACCAGGAUGGGAAGGAGAUUACUUCGUACGACACUGCUGGAGAACUCUACCUCAAGUCAGCUGCCAUGAUUCCCGGAUACUUGGGUGAAGAUGAUGCUAUGAGGGCAAAGUUCACUGUUGAUGGAUGGUUACCAACUGGCGACAUCGGUUUCUUCAGAAGAAGUCCUCAUGGCGAUGACCAUCUUUAUCUCGUUGACCGACUGAAGGACAUGAUCAAGGUCAAGGGCCUACAAGUCAACCCCGCUGAGAUCGAGGAACUCCUCCGCGUACAGCCCGGUAUUCUGGACGCAGCAGUCAUUGGCGUCGUAGACGAAGAAGCAGGUGAACGACCACUUGCCUUUGUCGUCCCAACCAAGCAGGAUAUGACCGCCCAAGAACAGAAGGAGCUUAUCCUGCAGUUGGACGAAAGUAUCAAGGCCCAGCUUGAUGAGACACACUGGCUACGCAAGCAGAUUCGUUUCAUCGAGGAGCUUCCCCGUGGUCAGAGUGGCAAGGUCCUCAAGAAGGUUCUGAGAGAAAAGGCAAAGCAGAAGGAUCAGACACCUACGAAUGGAGCCAAUGGGACGAAUGGCAGCAUCCCGGUGAAGAGCAUCAAUGGGGCGAACGUGAUUCUUGCACCAAAUGGUACAAGCGAAGCGGCUCGGGUUUAA